CAAGAAUCAAUGACACAUAAUCUCAAUACACACAUACUCACAACACCACAAACACACAUAGCACAUGACAUAUAUUACUUAAGAAGCAAAGAGUGACUCUUAAAAAAGGUGCUUCCUAUUCCCGGAAAUAUUGGUGAAUCAAAUCUUGGUAUGGAUCCUGAUUUAAUGAUGGAAAUAGCACAAGAGGUAGAUGCAGUCAUAAAUUCAGCAGCCAAUACAACAUUUGAUGAGAGGUUCCUCCUCAUCUUUCAUAAUUGUUGGGAUAUCCAAGUUCAUUUUAUAUAUACUAAUGGUUGGAUUACUCAAGGUAGAUUUGAUGCAGCUGUAAACAUAAACACAAGAGGGCCAUCUCGAGUACUUGAUUUUGCAAAGAAGUGCAAGAAACUUUGUUGUUUCAUACAUAUAUCAACUGAAAACGUCGUAGAGACUCUCAACCCCAAAAGCUCACCAUUAUUACACCCUCCUGUGGAUGUUGAUGCUGAAGUGAAGUUAGCUUUGGAUUCGAAUCUUGCUUUUCAUGGAGAUGAAGAAAUGGCUCGGGAAAAUGAAAGAAACGGGUUUAGAAAGGUUCAAGACCUGGAAAAUCAAGAAUGA